CUCUUGAUACCGAUUUUUUUUAAUCAAAAUCUAGUCAUGAGAAUUGAGAAGUCAAAUCUCACUCGUGAUCUGAUAUUAUGUAUGAAUAAUUUAAUAUGCAUUAGAAUUGUCAACAAUUUGCAAGAGAAGGUAAUACUAUUGAUUUGUAAAUUUCUUUUUCGUUUACCAAAUUUAUAUAAAUAUAAGUUUGAUAUAAUACAUAAUUGAGAAUAUAUAUAACUAUCUAAAAAUUUCACCUAAAAAAAAGCUAAGAGAGAAAAUAAAAUAUUUUGAAAUUUUUAAUAUUUAUAUUAUAUUUUUGCUGGAAGAUUAUUUUCGGUUGUUUAUAUAUUUUCGUCGUCAAAUUAUACAUUCAAUUAAUAAAAUAGCUCUAUGCAUGUGCGUCAUAUUCACAAUGAAUAUUUUAUUUGAAAUAUAUGAAUAGAACCAAAAAUAUAUAUCUAGUAUGUCUUUUUAAUCAAUUUGAUUUCACUAAUGUAUAAUAAUUAAUAUUAUCUGAUCACUCAAACAUAUAUAAACUAAAUAUAUGAUCUGAAUGGUAACCUAUCAGACAAUUGCAAAACAACUGGUUUUAAUUGUAACAAAAAUAUAUAAAUACAUAGAUAUAUGUAAAUAUUUUUGUUUCUAUUAACGGUAGUGUACGGUACGGUCUGUCACCAUUUAGAACCAUAAAAUAUAAACUUCAAAAUAAUUUAUUAAUAUCAAAUGUGCUUAAUUGGCUUUUAAAAGAAAGAGCUUAAUUAUCAAAUGCAAAUUGCGCCGCUAAUUCACGCGGUUCCACGUGAUCAAAGACACUAGAGUGGGUCUGCUUGCUUCGGUUCUAAUGUCAAUCCAAGUUUUGACUUAUGACUAACUACGUAAUAUUUAGUGACUCAAUUUUAAUUUUAUAAAAAUAUGUUACACCUACAAAAAUCAUAAAUAUGAUGACCAAUUGCUACGUACUUGUAUAAAAUAUUUGAGAGGUAAUAAUUAAUUAGUAGCUAGUUUCAGAUGAAGUCAUAAAACCACGGACGGUUUUACUCAUCCAAGUAUAUAUAUUGUCGUGUGAUUACACAUCCACUUAUAAUUGGAUUAUUUCGGUGUUACGUUGCUCUAUUUUUUGUAUGUAAAGAAAAAUAGCAAAACAGUCCUGCUAUUGUCUAUUUAUUCGAAUGAUUUUUUCUCGAAAAUAAAAAGAAAAAUAUUAACGAUUUUUUUUUGGACAAAGAAAAAGAAAAAUAUGAACGUGAAAGCAAAGUUUUCUACUUCAACUAAAACGCGCUGAAAAUUCUAAGUAGAGAGAGAAAUACAUAAUGUCAACAGUUUGCGUAAGAAUGGGGACGAUCACAUCCAUUCAUCGGCUAAUAAUAAUAAUGACUCGUGAGCUAAACAUUAGACUAGGGAUCACUAUCCAGCAAAAGUCCUUUAACACCACAGCACACACAGCACAAAUAUAUUUAUUAUAGUUCAAUUUCUGAAAACUACUCUUCUUCUAUCAUCUUUUCAUAUAUAUAUCUUAGCACACAUAUAGCUGGUUUUCUGAAGAGAAUCAUUUUAAUUACAUUAUACAGUCACUAACGUUUUUUUGGAAAUUUACAAGAAAACACGAAUUAAAGGUAUUUUGCUAGAUUCUAAAUUUGAAUAGGUGGCAAAUUCGACCACAUAUAAUAAAUAAACGUUUUACAACUAAAAUCUAGUAAAUUGAAAUUUGUCUGACAUUCUUAUUGUUCUUUACGAAAGAGAUUUCCUACGUGAUUGAAUGUUCACCUAGUUAUACACUUUACUAAUGCCGUGGCAGAAAAUGAUAUAUAUACAUCUUUUAACGCCAUGAAACCCUGGUUAGACGAAUAAAAACAUAAAAGUACAUAUUCCAUUUGUUUAUAAAUAAGUGUCAUUUUAACAUUUUCCACACAAAUUUAGAAAGUGGCAGAAAUAUAUGUAAGUUAUUAUUAAUUAUAUUUCUACCAAUAAUAUUUGAGAUAAAUAAAAUUAUUUAUAAAAUUAAUGCAGUUUUUAAUUAAUUUUCAGUUGAAAAUAAGUAUAAUUUGCAUUGAAAUUACAAAGUCACAUUUUUUAUGUAACAAGAAAAAAAUUGAUCAGACAGUGUGGUACGCUUGCGAGAUAAUCUACUCUAUAACAUUAAGUGCGUUCCUUCCGGGAUCGACCGGAUCAGUCGCCCAUAGAAAGAGUAUAAAAUAUUAAAAUGACACUUAUUAUAAAAUAGAAGGAGUAGAAGUUAGUGCACGUUGAAGAAGUUAUAUCGUCGACUAUGCCAAUGAAAGGUUUAAUUGCCGUGAUUAAGCUGCAAAACUUACAAUAAGAUCAUCCGUGACGAUAAAAUGUCAUAGCAAGUUUGACGUUAGAUUUCCCGUAACUAUUUUGAGAAAAAGGACUUACAAUAGUUAUGUUUUCUCUUUUCCCCCUUCAAACUAUUUUCUUCUUCUUCUUUAAUUUUCCUUUUGCGCACUGUUUUUAUAUAUAGUUUCAUAUAAUUCUAAUUCGGACGGAAAGGGAAAGAAAAGAUAAACAAACGGUCAGCAGGGUUUUGCGGGGGAGGUACGAGUGGAAAUAAACAAACGAGUGCUCCAAUAGAGAAAAUGAAUAUUAACAUACACAAUGGACGUUACUCUUAAGAAAAUUACUAAACGUAAAAAAAAUUACUAAAAGUAAUGUCAUAUUAUUUUUCUUUUUCUUGUAUUUUUUUUUCUUUUAAACAUACAUAGUGAGUGAUAUUUAUGUGAUGGGGAUUCACUCAACUGGAAGAUAACUGUAGUGAAACGCCCAAAGCAAAAGAUCUUCAUGGGACUCUCUAUGUCUUAAAAGCCUCUCUCUCCCUCUCUCUCUCUCCCUCUCUCGCUCUCUCUCUCUCCCCACAGAAAACACAGCAAUUUCCACUUCCAGAGAUCAAAAUUGUGUUGUCCAAAAUUGAUGAAGAGAGACUAAUUCCAAGGCAUUUGCAGUCUCUUAAUCCAUUUCUCCUCAUCAUUUAAUUACUCUCAAAAUCUCCAAGCAAAGAAAAGCUUUGACUCUUUCUUGGAUCUCUUUGGGGUGUGUUGUGUGUGUGAUGUGGAUUAUCCCUAGGGAAAUAAAUGGCAGGAUUUUUUUAUCUAGGAGGGAGAGACAACAACAAGCAAGAUCUUCAUCAAGUGGACAAGAGCAGUUAUCUUUAUCUCUACAAGGACGAGAUUUAUAACACCAACAAGGGUUUCGAGAUUUGGCCUCCUCAAUACUUCCAAGAACAACAUCAACAACAUGUCACAGCUCCUGCAAACUUCUACUCCUUUGGAAUGGUCCCAAGCGGAAGCAGCAGCAACAACAACAACAAUAACAGGAGCCGGAGUUUACACUUCAACGUAGUCUCCGAUCAUGAGCCGGGAGGAUUCACGGUAACAAGACAAGGAAGUAUGAAUUGUCAAGAUUGUGGGAAUCAAGCUAAGAAAGAUUGUUCUCAUAUGAGAUGUAGAACAUGUUGUAAAAGCCGAGGCUUUCACUGUCAGACUCACGUUAAGAGCACUUGGGUUCCUGCUGCUAAACGCCGUGAGCGUUUAGCUCAACUCGCCUCCUUGCAGCACCGUUCAGCCUUCAGCCGUGAAACGCAAAAGGCAAAACGCCUACGAGAAGCAAAUGGUGGUGGUGAUAAUGUUGAUAAAGACCAUAGUGGUAGUGCUGGAUCGGCUAUUGCUACCCGUGUGGCGAAUGCUAAUUCUAAUUCAGGGUUUGAGGUGCGUCAAAACUUACCACCGGAAGUUAGCUCACCGGCGGUUUUUCGAUGCGUUCGAGUGAAUUCGAUAGAAGAGGAUGAAGAUGAUCAAGAAUAUGCUUAUCAAACGGCUGUGAACAUUGGAGGACAUAUCUUCAAAGGCAUUCUUUAUGACCAAGGACCAGAACAAGAUCACCAUCACCAACUUAACCUCCUUGCUCCCACAGCUACAACCACCAAUGCUGAAGAGACUGCUGCUAAAACGGCGGUUACUGUUGCCGGAAACAAUAAUACUGGAUUAAUACUCGAUCCUUCGUCGCUUUAUCCGGUUCAGCUUAGCUCCUACAUCUCCGGUACGCCAUUCUUCACACCUCCGAGGUCUUGAGAUUCAGACACAAUUAUUGAAUAUUAUUUCAUCUUUACAAUGUAAUUGUAAUAAGAGACCUUUGUAUUCGCCUUUGUCUUUUGAAAUUUCCAACAAUUUGAUAAAACUCCCUUAAUUAUCUAGGUUGUUACUUAGUGGUGGGUGAUUAACAUGCACAUCUUUCGUGUAUGUAUCUUUAAGAUCAAUGGGAGUUAAGUUACUGUUCUAGUUUCAAAAAAUUUUUAAAAAAAUUAUUGCUUGUUUAUUGCAUUUUCUCAAUUUCCUCUUGUAGUUAUUCGUUAUAUAUUUCUACUUGAGACCAUUUCUACAUCUCUUUUUAGUUCAUUGCCUAGGAUCGAUCUCUAAUUGUGUCAAUUUGAAUGUCUUCUGGUAGAAGUUUUAUAUAUUACUAAUUAUAUCACUGUCUUUUUAUUGGUGUAAGAAAUAUAGUACGAACUUUUUAAUCAAUUAAUAAAAGUAUUUUUGGGUUUGAUAUUGAAUUAGCUUUCUGGUGGUGUUGAGCUCGAAGUUGCUUUUCCCCCGUUUAUCCGUUUGCUUGCCAGAUCUUAACAUGACUUAUAACUAGGUUUCGUGUUCCAUU